AUGGCUCUCAUUGUAGAUAAGCACCGUCCUCGGUCUCUUGAUCAACUUACUUACCAUGACGAUCUUUCUAAUCGUUUGAGAUCUCUUGCACAAUCCGGCGACUUCCCUCAUCUCCUUCUCUACGGACCUUCCGGCGCGGGUAAAAAAACUCGCAUAGUAUGUACUCUCAAAGAACUCUAUGGGCCCGCCGUCGAGAAAAUAAAAAUCGAUUCCCGUGUCUUCGCAUUGGCAACCUCGUCGCGAAAACUCGAAUUCAAUAUUGUUUCUUCACUCUAUCAUUUGGAAAUUACGCCUUCAGAUGUGGGAAAUUAUGACCGUGUUGUGAUUUCGGAAUUGCUUAAAGAAGUGGCGCAGACGCAGCAGGUGGAUCAGAGUGCGAAGCAGAGGUUUAAGGUGGUGGUUAUUAAUGAGGCGGAUGGGUUGAGUCGUGAUGCUCAGGCGGCGCUGAGAAGAACGAUGGAGAAAUAUAGUGGGAAUGUUAGAUUGAUUCUGGUGGCUAAUAGUACCUCGGGGAUUAUUGGACCGAUUAGGAGUAGAACGUUGUUGGUCAGGGUGGGAGCACCAACUGAGGGGGAUAUUGUGAAGGUGCUUGAGACGAGUGGAAAGAGGGAAGGAUGGGGAGUCAGUAAAGGAUUCUUGGAAAGAGUUGCCAAGGAGAGUGGCAGAAAUCUGAGGAGGGCGCUGUUGAUGUAUGAGGCAGCACAUGCGCAAAACACCAGCGAGACAAUAACAGAGAACACCCCCAUCCCACCACCUGACUGGGAAGCACUUCUCUCGACCAUCGCGCACAGCAUGACCGUCGAACACACUCCGGCCCAGAUCCUCAAAAUCCGUGCCCAACUUUACGAUCUCCUCACACAUUGUAUCCCUGCUACAACUAUUCUCAAAACCCUAACAUGGAAACUCAUGCCAUUGGUGGAUGAUGCGUUGAAGAGCGAUAUUGUCAAAUGGGCUGCAUUUUAUGAACACAGGUGUAAGACGGGUACGAAGGUCAUUUUCCAUCUCGAAGCUUUUGUAGCCAAAUUUAUGAGGGUGAGCGAGGAGUGGCUGAUGGCUAUGGAAGUUGAGUAG